CUUGUUCUGCAGCCGCCGGAAGCGUCGAGUCUGCUGUCGCCCGGGCGACGGCUGGGUCCGCGCGAGCAGGCAGAAGUCAUGGAUGUAGAUGCUGAAAGAGAGAAGAUAACACAGGAGAUCAAGGAGCUGGAAAGGAUUUUAGAUCCCAGCUCCGCGGGCACCCACAUGGAGGUCUCAGAAUCAAGUCUCGAGUCAGAUUCUGAAGCAGAGUCACUGCCUUCUGAGGACUUGGACCCUGCCGAUCCCCUGAUCUCGGAAGAAGAAAGGUGGGGUGAAGCCAGCAAUGACGAGGACGACCCCAAGGAUAAAACUCUCCCUGAAGACCCGGAGACCUGCCUGCAGCUGAACAUGGUCUACCAGGAGGUCAUCCAAGAGAAGCUGGCUGAGGCCAACCUGUUGCUGGCCCAGAACCGGGAGCAGCAGGAGGAGCUCAUGAGGGAUCUGGCUGGGUCCAAAGGCACCAAGGUGAAGGAUGGCAGGAGCCUGCCCCCAAGCACAUACAUGGGGCACUUCAUGAAGCCGUAUUUCAAGGACAAGGUCACGGGUGUGGGGCCCCCUGCCAACGAGGACACACGAGAGAAGGCUGCCCAGGGGAUCAAGGCUUUCGAGGAGCUCCUCGUGACCAAAUGGAAAAACUGGGAAAAGGCCUUGCUCCGAAAGUCAGUGGUGAGUGACCGCCUGCAGCGAUUGCUUCAGCCCAAGUUACUGAAGCUUGAGUACUUGCACCAGAAGCAGAGCAAAGUCUCCAAUGAGAUGGAGAAGCAGGCCCUGGAGAAGCAGGCCCGGGAAGCCGAGAAGGAGAUCCAGGACAUCAACCAGCUUCCGGAAGAGGCCUUGCUGGGAAACAGGCUGGACAGCCACGACUGGGAGAAGAUUUCCAAUAUUAACUUUGAAGGCAGCCGCAGCGCAGAGGAGAUCCGGAAGUUCUGGCAGAACUCGGAGCACCCCAGCAUCAACAAGCAGGAGUGGAGCGGGGAGGAGGUGGAACAGCUGCAGGCGAUCGCGGCUGCACACGGCCACUUGGAGUGGCAGAAGAUUGCAGAGGAGCUGGGGACCAGCCGCAGCGCCUUCCAGUGCCUGCAGAAAUUCCAGCAGCGGAACAAAGCUCUGAAACGCAAGGAGUGGACGGAGGAGGAGGACCGCAUGCUCACGCAGCUGGUGCAGGAGAUGCGUGUUGGCAGCCACAUCCCCUACCGCAGAAUUGUCUACUAUAUGGAAGGGAGAGACUCCAUGCAGCUGAUUUACCGAUGGACCAAGAGCUUGGACCCCGGCCUGAAGAAGGGGAACUGGGACCCGGAGGAAGACGCUAAGUUGCUUCAAGCCGUUGCCAAAUACGGGGAGCAGGAUUGGUUUAAAAUCCGGGAAGAGGUGCCAGGUAGGAGCGAUGCCCAGUGCCGAGAUCGGUAUCUCAGGAGAUUACACUUCAGCUUGAAAAAGGGACGGUGGAAUUUGAAAGAAGAGGAACAGUUAAUUGAAUUAAUAGGAAAAUACGGUGUUGGUCACUGGGCAAAAAUAGCUUCUGAACUGCCCCAUCGGUCUGGCUCCCAGUGUCUGAGCAAGUGGAAGAUCAUGAUGGGGAAGAAGCAGGGUCUCCGGAGGCGGCGGCGGAGGGCCCGUCACAGCAUCCGGUGGAGCUCCAGCAGCAGCAGCAGCAGCAGCAGUGGCAGUGGCGGCAGCGGAAGGGGCAGCAGCAGCAGCAGUGAGGAGGAGGAGCCAGAGCCAGAGCAGGCACAGGCUGGGGAGGGUGACAGAGCGCUGCUGUCCCCACAGUAUGUGGUCCCGGACAUGGAUCUGUGGGUUCCUGCCAGGCAGAGCACCAGCCAGCCAUGGAGAGGAGGGGCAGGGGCCUGGCUGGGAGGCCACGUUGCCUCCCUCAGCCCUCCCAAGGGAUCCAGUGCCAGCCAAGGUGGCAGCAAGGAAGCUUCCGCCACAGCCGCGGCUCCUGGAGAGGAGACGAGUGCAGUGCAGGCCCCUGCUACGGCCCACAGCCCUGUCCCGAGAGCUGCCCAGGCCUCCCACUCGGCAGACACUCACCCGGUGGGCGCAGAGAAGCAGGCCCUCGAGGGAGGGAGGCUGACAGUGCCUGUGGAGACCGUGCUGAGGGUGCUCAGGGCCAACACGGCUGCUCGGAGCCGCACACAGAAAGAGCAGCUGAGACAACCACCCCUGCCCACCUCGUCCCCAGGGGUCAGCUCCGGUGACAGCGUGGCCCGCUCCCAUGUGCAGUGGCUACGGCACAGAGCCACCCAGAGUGGGCAGCGGCGCUGGAGACACGCUCUGCACCGGAGGCUCCUGAACCGCAGGCUGCUGCUGGCUGUGACCCCUUGGGUGGGGGACGUUGUCCUGCCCUGCACACAGGUGCCCCAGAGACCCGCCGCAGUGCAGACUCAAGCGGAUGGCCUCAGGGAGCAGCUGCAGCAGGCCCGCCUGGCCAGCACCCCUGUGUUCACCCUGUUUACCCAGCUGUUCCAGAUCGAUACUGCCGGCUGCUUGGAGGUCGUCCGAGAGAGGAAGGCCCUGCCGCCCAGGCUGCCCCAGGCUAGUGCUCGGGACCCACCAGUGCAUCUUCUGCAGGCGCCCUCAAGUGCUCAGAGCACCCCAGGCCACCUCUUCCCAAAUGUGCCAGCUCAAGAAGCCUCAAAGAGUGCCAGCCACAAAGGGAGCCGAAGACUGGCAUCCAGCCAGGUGGAGGGCACCCUACCCCAGGCGUCCCCACUGGCUCCGACUGGCCCCCGGCCCAAGCCCAAGACUGUGUCAGAGCUGCUUCAGGAGAAGCGGCUUCAGGAGAAGCGGCUUCAGGAGGCCCGUGCCAGGGAGGCCGCCCGGGGCCCGGUGGUGCUCUCGUCCCACCUGCUGGUCUCCUCGCCUGUGAUCCUCCAGCCCCCUCUACCACACACCCCACACGGCCGCCCAGCCCUGGGUCCCACUGUCUCAAAUGUUCCACUCUCGGGGCCUGGGACCCCCGCAGAAGCCAAGCCUGGCACUUCAGGCUCCUGGCAGGAGGCUGGGCCUUCAGCCAAGGACAAGAGACUCUCCACCAUGCAAGCGCUGCCCCUCGCUGCUGCCUUCACAGGGCCCGAGGGCACAGCCCCUGCUGCUUCCGGAGCCCCUGGCCUGGGCCCCAGCCAGGUCUCUGGGAGCUGCCCUGGGAGCGGUCUCGGACAGUCGCAGGCCCCCACUGCAUCCCGGAAGCAGAGCCUGCCUGAGGCAUCACCCUUUCUCCCUGCAGCCCCCAGCCCCACCCCACUGCCUAUCCAGCCCCUCAGCCUGACGCAUGUAGGAGGGCCACGUGUGGCGGCCAGUGUCCCCCUGCCUGUCACCUGGGUGCUCACAGCCCAGGGGCUUCUCCCUGUUCCUGUGCCAGCUGUGGUGGGCCUUUCCAGUCCAGCAGGGAUGCCUGGCCCCACAGGGCUGGUGGCCACUCUGCUGCCUCCCCUGACGGAAGCUCAGGCGGCCCAGGGCCCCGGGGCCCCAGCGUUGAGUAGCUCUUGGCAGCCCCCAGCCAAUGUGAACUCAGGACCAGAGCCUGCCUGCGGGACAGUCCCCCCAGCCCCUCCCACACACGCCGCCUCCCGAAGUUCUGCAGAAAUGGAUGCCAGUGUGGCUGUUGUCCCUGGAGAGGCCCAGGUGGCCAGGGAGAUACCUGCACCCAGGACGUCCUCCCAGGCUGACCCCCCUGAAGCAGAACCCCUGUUGCCCAGGAGGCUGCCACCCCUUGGUGGUGUCAUUCCAGCAAGUGAGCCAGGGGGGACGCUGGGGUCCCCCUCAGGAACACAAGAGCCCAAGGGAACUCUGGACCUGGAGAAGCCACCCCUGCCCCAGCCUGCGCCUGAGAAGGGGGCCCUGGACCUGGAGAAGCCACCCCUGCCCCAGCCUGCGCCUGCGCCUGAGAAGGGGGCCCUGGACCUGGGCCUGCUGUCCCAGGAGGGUGAGGCGGCCACACAGCAGUGGCUGGGGGGCCAGCGUGGGGUGCGGGUACGUCUUCUGGGAAGCAGACUGCCCUACCAGCCCCCGGCCCUGUGCAGCCUUCGAGCACUGUCCAGCCUCCUGCUCCACAAGAAGGCCCUGGAGCACAAGGCCGCCUCCCUGGUGGCGGGGGGCGAGGCUGAGCGGCCAGCUGGAGCGCUACAAGCCUCACUGGGGCUGGUGCGGGGGCAGCUCCAGGACAACCCAGCCUACCUCCUGCUGCGGGCACGGUUCCUGGCAGCCUUCACCCUCCCUGCGCUCCUGGCCACCCUGGCCCCCCAUGGUGUCCGCACCACCCUCUCAGCAGCCUCGAUGGCAGGCUCCGAGAGUGAGGAUGAGGACCUCCUGAGCGAGCUGGAACUCGCAGACAGGGACGGGCAGCCGGGCUGCACGGCGGCCACACGCCACAUUCAGGGACCCCCAGACUCUGGUAGAUGCUCUGCCGCCUCCUGCCUGGAUGCUUUUAAUGACCUUGAUGUUGACGACCUUGAUGUGCUCAGAACCCGGCAUGCCAGGCACACCCGGAAGCGGAGGCGGCUGGUGUGAGCAGCAGGACAAGCACGCCUCAGAAGCCCGUGGCCCUGCUGACGAGAAACAGCCCAUACCCAGCCUACCAGAGAGGCAGCCAGAGGCCAGGUAUCUGCUGGCCACCCACCGACCAGGUCCGCAGUGAACAGAGGCAGGCCUGCCAACUGACCGUGUGGCACAGGGCACAGCUGUUCCCCAAGUGCACACCUGAACACUUGGAGGAGUAAAGUUCUGUUUUUAAUUGUGGAGCCGGACA